AAUGAAGUAUAACAUCCAGUCGGACCUAAUAAACUGUCUGCUCGACUUGACAGGAGCUGUGUGAUGUCUGGCAAAGUUAAGCAGAAAUCGUCGGCGACUGCCGCGGACUCGUCGACUCAGUCCACCAACGAGAAGAUUCUUAAAGAAUGUCAUUUCCUCUACACAGACCCGGAUAAUGGCCUUAUAAAGAUAGCAGAGAGUUUGGACUUGACAUUACUUGCACCCAGAAAGAAGAUCUCAGUCCUCCUUAUUGGCAAUCACUCAGCUGGAAAGAGUUCCUUUAUCAACUGGUAUGUUGAGGAGAAGGUGCAGAGAACGGGUGUUGCUAUUGAGACUCAGGGCUUCUCCAUUGUAACCAGUGGUAGAAAGAGAGAGUCAUUAACUGGAAAUGCCACACUCCACCUUUACCCCCAUUUUGAGCCCCUUAGGCAGAUUAAAGGUGUCACUGAUUACCUGACAACAGAGAUUUCCACCUCGAAGCAGAAGCGCUUUAACCUUGUCAAAUUUAUAGACACACCUGGCUUAGUGGAUGGAGACAUGCAAUAUCCAUUUGAUGUGAACAGAGCCAUUCUUUGGCUUGGUGAGUUGGCAGACCUGAUAUUUGUAUUCUUUGAUCCGAUUGGUCAAGCCCUGUGUAAAAGGACAUUGAACAUUGUGGAAGAGCUGAGCAAUAACCAUUCUGAGAUAAUGAGAUUUUUUCUCAGCAAAGCAGAUGAGGCUGGAGAUGAAGGUGAUAGACAGAGAGUCCUUAUGCAGAUUGUACAAGAACUUUGUAAGCGACCUAACCUAAACCGUACAGGGUUUGAGAUGCCAACAAUCUUCAUUCCGAACAUGAACCAGAAAAACAGCAGUUGUGUGAACCAGAUUGAAGAUGUGUGUCAGGACAUCGAAAAAACCAUCAACCAAACCAUCCAGAACACACUAAACUCACUGGAGCGUGACUGUGACCAAAUAGCUGAACUGGUGGAAACAAAACUAAAAAAGAAUGCGGAGACUAGCAGUGAAAAUCUCUCAGCACGAUUUCGAGGGGCUAGUUUUGGCUUGCUGGGGGUCUUCAUGCCAUUCCUCAUGCUGACCACAUACCUCAUCUCAACGCAAAAGAAAUUUAUGAAAGAUUUUCUGGGAGAAAAUAUUUUGGACACAUUGGGGAUUUAUUUGGGUCCUUUGGCCAGAGGAUGGAGAGCGAUUCCUCCCCAGUAUUCUAAUUACAUCCUAUACUUCAUCCUGUUCUUUACUCUUAUAAUGCUGCUAAUUGCAAGAUAUGUCUCAAGAACAAAGCCAACACUCUCUCGGAAGGACAAGAAAUAUUUAUCUGGAGUAAGAGAGUAUGUGCAGAACAUUGUCAAAAAGAAGAAGCAAUCACUUUACUCGGAUUAUCUGAAACAGAGUGUUGCAGACCAUGACUUAUGAUAACAGUGUCAUCCAAGUUCCCAAGAACCAUUCGUCUGAAAAACUUUCCCUGUUUACAGUUGAGGACUUCCCCUGUUGACAUUUGAAAACUUUCCCUGUUGAGAGUGAAGAACUUUCCCUGUUGACAGUUGAGAACUUUCUCUGUAGACAGUUGAUUUGUGUUCAUCUCUAACAUUUGUUAAAUCUGUUCUCUGUCUCCUUUGUAAGAUGUGUUAAUUUAAUUAGUACUGGGAUCAAGUUAUAAAUAUUUGAAUAUUUUGGGAUCUUUGAUGCAUAAUGAAUGCUUUUUUCUUAUUUUACAAUAUUGAGUUAUUAAACAGUUAAUUCAUUCUAUAAGUGAAUUGUUGGAAUGUAUAUUUGUGUUUGUUUCAUUUAAAAAAUGUUGGGGUCAAAAAGUGCUCUCUUUAUAUUUAAGUUUUUUUUAUUAAUCAUUUGUUUGGAUCAAAAUAAGUAGUUUAUUUAGUUUUAAUGUUUCCUCGGUUCUUUUGUAAAUAGUCACUGUGGUUCUAGAUUCAUUUCAUUUAUAAUCAUUAUAAGGAACCCAUUAGGGGUGUAACGAUAGGAUAAUCCUGAUAUAUCUUGAUAUACAGAGACUACAUUGUAUAUCGUGAUAUCUCUUGCCAUCAAUUUAAUUUUUUUUAUACAAAUUGUUUCUCUUAAUUCUUAAAUGGGAAAUUAUUAUGUGAAAGGAUAAAUGGUGUAGAUUAUUUUUUCAACAUUUAAUUAACUCUGACACACACAAAAAAAAAAAAAAAUUAAAAAAAAAACAAACGGUAAUGAUGGCUUAAGUAGUCAAUAAAAGCACCUAAAUAAGGUUCAACUAAAAAGAAAAUAAUUCAAUGAACUCGUACUUUUUCAGACACCAUCUUUGUAAAUGAUUCAGUUCUACAAAUGCCUCUUAUGAUGUGUGUCUAAAAAAAAAAUAUGUGCAGCACACAAGAGAUGUACAGCUACACCUUUUAUUUAUUAGAAUCCAUCAGGAAUAAAUAUAAAAUGCUGAAAAUGUGAUAUUUCAGGAUAUUUUUUUUUACUGCAAUACGUUCAGAUUUUUUCUGUGUAUUUCAGUAUACAUGUUUACUUGAAUAUCGUUACACCCCUAGAAUAAAGCCUAUUCCUGUUUGAAGGCAGCAUAAUUUAUUUUGUGGCAUGUAGAAAUAUAUAGUGUAGAGUCAUGUGGAGGUUAACAUGUUCUCAGGAGUCACAAAACGUUUAAUCUGUUGGCAGCUCGAUUGAUUAAAAAUAAAGUCCUAAAAUGGAA